GGUCAUGACUCAACUGUCUUUAUUUUGUCGGGACUCAACUGUUCUGGGAAUUUCUUAGAUUUUUUUAAACUUUUAUUGAUUUUUGAUAGCGAUUCGGUUUUAGCAUUGUACCGAGUAAUGGUAAACGAUGAAGCAACAAGCAGUUCAAAAAAUGAUUUGACAACGGCGGUGGAUAAUUGUGGCAAUCAACAAAUAGAAGGAAAUUUUAAUCGACCGUUAAGAUGGUUUAAACUUGGCGAGUUUAUUUUUUGGUUUGAGGUUUAGGAAUGGUAUUGUGAUCCGAAUUUGGGCUAGACAAGGCGAUGGGCUUGGUUUUCUAUUUCUUUGUUCAGAGCAGACCUUAGGGUUUUUUUCGUAUUACAGCCCAAUACCCCCGCUUAACUUUGAUUUUUCAUAAAUACAUGGUGGUUCCUGGGCCUGAAGAGUUUAUUUUGUUCUAGUUUUAAUAUGGUUGAAAAAUGGGAUUUUAAAUGAAAUUUGGUCUAGUCAAGGCGCCGGGCUUUGUUUUCUGGUUUUUUCUUCAGAGCAGACUUCGGGCCUUUUUCCGGGUUACAACCCAAAAACCUUGCUAAACUUGAUUUGAUAUAAAUACCCGGUGGUUUCUGGGGGUGAAAAACCCAGUACAUUUAACUGGGAAGAUUCAAGAACCAUCAAAAAUAUUUUCAAUUUUCUUAGUUUGUGGAACUGCUUCAACUGCUGGAUUUAUUUAUGGCUUGAGAGUGGCUUGGAUUCAUUCAAAAUUAAAACCUGGAGAAUUGCCUAGGACAAAUUUACUUUCUGGUGCAGGUUUAGCAAUGCAAGCAUUUGGAUUGGCGUCGUUAAUUACUAUUUCGGGUGAUUUUUAGAAUUUUUUUCUUGGAUUUUUUUGGUUCAUGGUUUUGGGGCGUAGUUGAUAUUUACCUUUUACUUCAACCCAGAAACAGUGAAAAUAACGCUGUAAUAGAUUUUUAGGAUCAUCCUCCGUUGUAACAAUCAAGAGCGUAGCCAGGUGGUCGAUUCCAAGGGGCUCUAGCCCCAGAAGCCCUCCCUGACUUCUGUGGCUAUAGUCCCCUUGGUAACAAUAGGAAAAACCUGGAACUGUAGAAUGUUUGGUAUUUUGACGGCUUUUUUGGGGGGAGGGGUGGGAUUGUCUUCACGACGUUUGGUUCAUUGACCUUUGGGUAUUAUGUCUAUUUGGCAUUACAAAACCAUACUUGACGGCUACAUAUCCUUUGUAGUACUAAUUUCUGAAGUUAUGGGUGUCAACACUUUAAAAGAAUUUGGUACAAAAACAAAAUUAAUGUUUGGUGAUCGAUUUAGAAUAUCAAAAGGAAAAGAUGAGAAUUAUGAAUCUUUAAGUGAAUUAUUUGAAAAAUUUCAAAAAUGAGUAGGAAGAGGUUUUUUAAUUUUUUAUUGUUUUUUUCUUUGUUUUUUGUUGUUAAAAAAUUUUUUUCUUUCAUUUUUUAAGUUUUUAUCGUUUAAAAAGGUUAUAUGCCUUGCUAUUUUAAUUUUAAAAAUUAUUUUCUUUCAAGGGAUUCGAACUUUCGUCUAAAAUUUAUUAAAAACUGAAAUUUAUCCAACUUAACCAAAAUGGCUUAAUCAAAAAUUUUUGAAAAUUUGGUGACCUGCUGUAUUUCUGACUUCAAUAUUUUAUUUUUUUCAAUUUGUGGAAGUGCUCUACACUUUUGGUUUCUGGUUUGGUUUGUGUGAUUGGCUUUGUGGAUUUAUUUAAGAGAAUUGAAGCCUGGUGAAUUUACUUUUUCUGGUGCUAAUUAUUUUGGAGAGGAGCCUAUAAAAGGAUUGUUUUGGUUUCUAAAAAUGUGGAUUGGCUCUGAAGUUGAUUCUGAUGUAUAAUUCUCGUGGUGUGUUUUACUAGGUUCGUUUAUUUAUUUUUUUUAAUUAAAAAAUAUUUUAACAAAAUUGCUGGGGUUUACGAGGAGCUUGGGUUUUUUCUCCUUUCUCUUAUGGGUGAGGGUUCUUUUUUGAGUAAGUUAGGCGGAUCCGGAAAAGGCCAGAUAUCCUUAAAUUUUCUGUUCCGAAUAUUUCCUAGGAUCUGCCAACCUUAUUUUUCGAGUAAUUUAAAGUCCUCUCUUCUCAAAAUCU